CACAGUAGUAGUUAAUAGAGCUCAGCCUCAAUGUUGCCAUUGCUAUAACAUCCCAAUCAAUUGUCAUCACGAAGGCACGCAGCCCUAGUUCAAAUUCACACACCCUUCCAUCUCUCUAUCGUUGUCGUUGCAGCAAAAGACGCCACAAAACAAAACCGCCACCACCCAUCCUUAUCCUUCCUGCCUCCGAAUGCGUGAUCACUGAUCGUCACCAACAUGUAUAUAACAACGGCCUCUUCGCUCCUCAGAGCAACCAGGCCUAAACUCUUCUUUCCCUCUCCUUCUCCUUCUAGAGCCUUCGCUUCCCGCACUUCUUCCUUCUCCGCCGCUCCUUCCCUCCUCCGCUGCUCCGUUCCGCGCUGGAGCCACCGCCUCCAUUCCACCUCUCCGCUCUCUCCCCGUCCUCCGAUCACCGCCGUCGCUCCCGUCGUCGAACGCUUCCAUCGCCAAAUCGCUACCAUGGCCAAUGAAAAUCCUUUCAAGGGAAACUUGACCAGUCUCCCAAAGCCUGGUGGUGGCGAGUUUGGAAAGUUCUACAGUCUUCCUUCUCUCAAUGAUCCGAGAAUUGACAGGUUACCAUACUCCAUCAGAAUUCUCCUUGAAUCUGCCAUUCGUAAUUGUGACAAUUUUCAAGUCAAAAAAGAAGAUGUUGAGAAGAUUCUCGACUGGGAAAAUAAUUCUACGAAGCAAGUUGAAAUUCCUUUCAAGCCCGCUCGUGUUCUCUUGCAGGAUUUUACUGGAGUCCCGGCUGUUGUUGACCUGGCCUGCAUGCGUGAUGCUAUGAAUAAGCUUGGCAGUGAUUCAAAUAAGAUCAACCCUCUGGUUCCUGUGGAUCUUGUCAUUGAUCAUUCAGUUCAAGUUGAUGUUACAAGGUCAGAUAAUGCAGUGCAGGCCAAUAUGGAGCUUGAAUUUCAGAGAAACAAGGAGAGGUUUGCUUUUCUUAAAUGGGGGUCAACUGCAUUCCUUAACAUGCUUGUUGUUCCUCCUGGUUCUGGUAUAGUACAUCAGGUCAAUCUUGAAUAUCUUGGAAGGGUUGUAUUCAACAAUGAGGGCCUACUCUAUCCUGACAGUGUAGUUGGGACUGAUUCACAUACAACUAUGAUAGACGGGCUUGGUGUUGCUGGAUGGGGAGUUGGAGGUAUUGAAGCUGAGGCAGCAAUGCUUGGUCAGCCUCUGAGCAUGGUUUUGCCUGGUGUUGUUGGGUUCAAGUUAUCUGGAAAACUACACAAUGGUGUUACAGCAACAGACUUAGUUCUAACUGUGACUCAAAUUCUCAGAAAGCAUGGUGUUGUGGGGAAAUUUGUUGAAUUUUAUGGUGAUGGUAUGGGUGAAUUAUCUUUGGCUGACAGGGCCACUAUUGCCAAUAUGUCUCCUGAAUAUGGUGCCACCAUGGGCUUCUUCCCUGUGGAUCAUGUUACAUUACAGUAUCUCAAGUUAACAGGAAGAAGUGAUGAGACUGUGGCCAUGAUAGAGUCUUAUCUCAGGGCAAACAAACUGUUUGUUGACUAUAAUGAGCCACAACAAGACAGAGUGUAUUCAUCAUAUCUUGAAUUAAACCUUUCUGAUGUUGAACCAUGCAUUUCAGGACCAAAGAGACCACAUGAUCGGGUACCUUUGAAAGAAAUGAAGGCCGACUGGCAUGCUUGUCUUGAUAACAAAGUUGGGUUUAAGGGAUUUGCUAUACCAAAAGAGGCACAAGGAAAAGUUGCAAAAUUUGAUUUCCAUGGGCAGCCAGCAGAGCUCAAGCACGGCAGUGUUGUGAUUGCUGCAAUCACAAGCUGUACAAAUACAUCAAACCCAAGUGUAAUGCUUGGUGCUGGUCUUGUUGCAAAAAAGGCUCAUGAGCUUGGUUUGAAGGUCAAGCCUUGGGUUAAAACAAGUCUUGCUCCAGGCUCUGGAGUUGUUACAAAAUAUCUACUCCAGAGUGGACUGCAAAAAUAUCUAAAUGAACAAGGUUUUCAUAUUGUUGGAUUUGGCUGUACUACAUGUAUUGGCAAUUCAGGAGAGCUGGAUGAGUCCGUUGCUUCUGCCAUCUCAGAAAAUGACGUUGUAGCAGCUGCUGUGUUGUCUGGGAACCGUAAUUUUGAGGGUCGAGUACAUGCAUUGACAAGAGCUAACUACCUUGCUUCUCCUCCUCUAGUUGUUGCUUAUGCUCUUGCUGGCACGGUUGACAUUGACUUUGAGAAGGAGCCAAUUGGGACAGGGAAAGAUGGAAAGAAUGUCUACUUGGGGGAUAUCUGGCCAUCUACUGAAGAAAUUGCUGAGGUUGUCCAAUCCAGUGUGUUGCCUGACAUGUUCCGAAGUACAUACGAGGCUAUUACCAAAGGGAACCCAAUGUGGAAUCAACUACAAGUUCCUGCUGAUGCUCUGUACUCAUGGGAUCUCAACUCAACAUAUAUCCAUGAACCCCCAUACUUCAAGAACAUGACGAUGGAUCCUCCUGGACCUCAUGGUGUAAAAGAUGCUUAUUGCCUGCUGAAUUUUGGUGACAGUAUAACCACUGAUCAUAUUUCUCCAGCCGGAAGCAUUCACAAGGAUAGUCCUGCUGCCAAAUACCUUGUUGAGCGUGGGGUGGAACGCAAGGACUUCAAUUCUUAUGGAAGUCGUCGUGGCAAUGAUGAGGUGAUGGCAAGGGGAACUUUUGCCAACAUUCGCCUUGUUAACAAGCUCUUGAAAGGGGAAGUUGGUCCAAAGACAGUUCACAUUCCAACAGGGGAAAAGCUUUACGUGUUUGAUGCAGCAACGAGAUACAUGGCUUCUGGGCAAGACACCAUUGUGCUGGCUGGAGCUGAAUAUGGCAGUGGAAGCUCUAGAGAUUGGGCUGCCAAGGGUCCAAUGCUACUGGGAGUCAAAGCUGUGAUAGCCAAGAGUUUCGAGAGAAUUCAUCGUAGUAACUUGGUAGGAAUGGGUAUCAUUCCUCUUUGCUUCAAACCUGGUGAGGAUGCGGACACAUUGGGAUUAACUGGUCAUGAACGUUAUUCAAUUGACCUACCAAGUAAAAUCAGUGAGAUUAGGCCAGGCCAAGAUGUGACAGUCACAACCGAUAAUGGAAAAUCUUUCACCUGCACAGUACGCUUUGACACUGAGGUCGAACUUGAUUACUUCAACCAUGGAGGCAUACUUCCAUAUGUCAUAAGGAACCUCAUUAAGCAGUGAAGGCCAUUGUCGAUGGAAAAUUCCAAGGUCAUUGUCCCAGUAUGCUUUUAAAGUUGUAAAAUGUGAGAAUAAUUUUCCCAGAGAUAGGAAAAGAUCCCCUUUUUUAGAGGGAGAUUUUGACACCAGACCAGUAAACAGUGAUUCAUUUGAUUGUGCUAUAACACAGCCCCUUGAAAAUGGGGACAAUUGUGUAAAGCCGACGUGAAGUGUGAACCCUGCCAAUUGCGCGCGGCACUUGGUCUGCUAAGUAUAGUGUUUAAGGUAGUAAAAAUUUCUUUCUUUUCAAGGCUUCCGCUUGGAUAUUCAAUGAAAAGCUGAGUAUAGUAGAACAAUACGUAGAGAAUAGAAUAAGAUUGAGUUUGAAUGAAAGGUUAGGUUAGAAAUUUAAGUUUGAAUAAUUUCAUUCUGUGAACGUUUGUAAAAGCAACUCUCAUUUUUUCUGUCAAAUUGAGUUUUAGGGUAAAACUAUGGCAAAAUUUGAAAUUGUCUUAAGAAGCAUAUUACCUCUAUACUUUAUAGUUUAUAGUGAUUAAUAUGCUAAGGAAUUUGAGGAAGCUUAUGUUAUAUUA